AUGAGCGCUGCACUCGAAGCCUCCAAAGCCCGCAGCAGGCGUUCAAAAUGGCUGGUCAUCGGCAGCAUCCUUGGCCUUCUCAUCCUCGCUGGCAUUGGUACAGCUGUCGGCGUCAUCGUCACCCGCAACAACAGCAAGGACGCCAGCACCUCUUCCGGUAAGGGUGGUAGUGGCAGCAGCGGCAGCGACGGCCCCGGCAAACCCAGCGGCAACGACCCUAGCGUGUUCGAGCUUGAUCCCAACCUCCGCAAAUCGUUCUAUGGAAUGGCCUAUACCCCUCACAAUGCACUCAUCGAUCUCGGCUGCGCAAACACCCUAGAGGGCACCAUUCGCGACAUCCAGCUCCUCUCCCAACUUACCACCCGCAUCCGUCUGUAUGGAGCCGACUGCAACCAGACAGCCCAAGUGCUCGAAGCCAUCAAGCAAACCAAGGUUGAUAUGGAGGUUUUCGUCGGAAUUUACACCGUUCCCGACGACGACGAGGCUUUCUUGAGGCAGAGCGCUGCUAUCAGAGAGGCCAUCGAAACCUACGGUACUGAUAACAUCGGCGGUGUCACUGUUGGAAACGAGUUCAUGCUAAACUGGGUCACUGGCCGUGGCUCCAACGAUCCCAACUCGGCCAUUGGACAGCAAGGCGCCGAAAUUCUCAUCAGGGACAUUCAAGCCACCCGGGACAUGCUUGCUGAGAUGAACCUCGACAAGGAUAUUCCUGUUGGUAACUCUGACGCUGGAAGCUUCUUCAAUGACGAUGUUUUGGCUGCUAUUGACUAUGGUCUCUCCAAUGUUCACGCUUGGUUCGCUAACACGACUGCCGAGGCCGCUGCUGAUUGGGUCUUUGACUUCUUUGAAGAGUCCAACGUCCGACCUGCCGCCCUACUACCCAACAACCCUCGGAUGUACAUCGCUGAAACUGGUUGGCCCACUGGUGCAAAGGACGUCGGGGCAGAGAGCAAUGGAUUUGCUCGCGCCGACACCCCUAGUUUACAAGUCUUUUUGGAUACCUUUGUCUGCCAAGCUAACGCGGCCGGCAUUGGCUACUUCUAUUUCGAGAUGUUUGAUGAGAAAUGGAAAGAUGACCUCUAUGGAGGUGUAGAAGGUUACUGGGGUCUCUUUAACGGAGACCGAACAUUGAAAGAUGUCGUUAUCCCCGAUUGCCCUCCACCCGAGUAAAAUACCCGCUCCAUUUAUGAGCAUUUCAUCUCUCUCACUCGUCACGAACUUUUAUGACUGGCUGCAUGGACCUUACUAUUUCUUUUCUCUUGUUUGACGGAUACUUUCGCUUUCUUUAUUAGCACUCUUUCGGAAUGUCCUCACUAACUGGCCCUUUCGGCACACACCAUCGUCGCUCCUUAUUUACUCACUUAUCUACCCUAAAUCUCGAGGCAUUUAAUGUAGCUCUUUAAGCUCGGGAUGGCAGAGAAUGGACUGCAAUUGAAUACAGGAUUUUGGAC